AUGAAGUGGAAUAGCGUUUUAUGUUUGCUAUUGUUGGCCAGCAACACUCAGGCUGCCUUUUGGAAUAAGAACGGAAACAAGGAUGGAGACAACCGCCGAAGAUUGACGGAAGAACCCACUGUCAGCAUGGAUGUCGAUGCUGCUACUGGAACUGUCACACAAACUGUCUCGGCAGAACAGGAAAAAGCCAUAAAGGCUGCUCAGUCGUGCGAUGGGCAAAUGGCCCAAUCGUUGGUCAAUGCCAAUGAGGCAAUGAUGAACGCAAAAGCCGAACGUGACGAAAUGAUGAACCAAAAGACACAAGCUUUGGAUCAAAUCGCUGGUUUGGAAACGUCUUUGGAGCAGAUGAGAGAGGUGAACCAACAAUUGGAGCGAAAAGUGCAAGAGACCAUUCAAGAAAAGGAUGCCAAGAUCAAGUCGAUUAUGGAUGGUUUGGAGUCUACUCAGGGUGAGUUGGUCACAGACUAUGAAAAUAAGCUCACCAACAUGGCCAACACAUACGCUGAUCAAGUGGCUGCCUUGAAUUCUCAAAUCGAAUCCUCCAAAGAGAGCUCAAUGGCCCGAAUCCAAGAGUUGGAAGCCAAGAUUGUACAAACUGCCACAGCUGCUGAGACUGCUUUGGCAUCAGCUUUGAAAGAGGUGGAAGAUAAAUAUGCCGGAGAAAUUGCCAACUUGAAGGAGCAAAUGGUGGCACAAGAAAAGCAAGCUGCCGAUGCCCUUGCCAAUCAAGCGAAGGCCGCACAAGCAACACUCAAUGCCGAAUUGAAGGCCAAGAACCAAGAGAUUAAGGAUGCCAUUGCGCAAGCCAAGAAGGCCGAACAAGAUGCUAAGGAAUCGGACGAGGAACUUGCCAUGUGGAGAGCUACUCACCAAAAUCGUACGUACUGCAACUACACUUACAUGACGGAGGAUAUUUACUGGGCUAGUUCUGCGACCUACAACAAGAGUGCUGAACUCACCUGGACCGCUUACGAGGGAGCUGCCAGUCUUGCCAGCAAGGCCACAGAGAAGACUUAUAUUGCCCUCGAAGAAACCAAGGUCUACACCAGCAAGGGACAAGAGAUUUUUCAAAAGAACGUCAAACCCCAUUAUGACAAGCACCUCAAGCCACACUACGACAAACAUGUCAGCCCUGUGGUCGCCAAGGUUGUCAAGGCUUAUGAAAAGGAGAUCCUUCCCAAGCUCAAAGAGAUCAAGAGCCAAAUUGAUCCCAAGAUUGAACAAUUCAAAGAGGGAUACAAAAAGCAAUUCAACAAGUUGGCCCGAAAGUACGCCACUGCGUGUAACAAAGCUUUCAAGGCCGCUGAUAAAUUGGCCAAGAAGAACAACUUGAAGGCAUUUGACGACUACCUUUCCCCAUCCUGGAAGGCUUCCUGCGAGAAUCCCAAGGAUACCCUGCAAGGCGCACAAAUCGCUGUGAUUGUUGCUCUUUUGCUUCCGCAUACUUUUAGCAUCCUCCGAUUUAUUCUUUGGCUUGUUCUGUUGCCACUGAGAAUUUUCAUUGCGAUUACUCCUCUUCGCUUUUUCUUUUCUUACAAGUCGUCGUCCACCAAGAAGCCAAAGAAGACGCCAACCAAGACUGUGGGUGAAGUUAAGGUGAAGCCAAAGAAGGGGCAAAAGAGUCGCAUAAAUAGUUCACAAUAA